AUGGGCCCGCCGCCGAACUCGCAAGUGGCGCCGCUGCCAGUCAACCUGCCCUUUCGUGUCGUGUCAAAGACAAUUGGCCAGGGCGCAUACGCCUUUAUCCGCAAAGCCGUCCCUCUGAACGCCUCGAGUCCAGUCAUCGCCGUCAAGUUCAUCAACAAGGACCACGCCUUCAGAAUCGGUCGUCUAAAGCCGGAGAAGAUUCAGCAAGAAGUCACCCUCCACAAGCACUUGGGCAAGCACACAAACAUCAUACACUGCCUGUCACAUGGCGAGGACAGGCUGUACACAUGGAUAGCCAUGGAGCUGGCCGAUGGCGGCGAUCUGUUCGACAAGAUUGAGGCCGACGAGGGUGUUGGCGAGGACAUCGCUCACCUCUAUUUCACACAGCUGAUCAACGCCGUUGGCUACAUGCACUCGAAGGGCGUGGCACACCGGGACAUCAAGCCAGAGAACAUGCUUCUCUCGGCAGAUGGGAACCUGAAGCUCUCAGACUUCGGUUUAGCGGCUCUUUUCAACAUGGGUGGCAAGAAGCGGCUCUGCAACAGUGUGUGCGGUAGCCCGCCAUACAUUGCACCGGAGAUCCUUGUGGGAAAGCGGGACAAGAGAGCAGACGUUCUGAAGGCUGGAUAUGAGCCCAACAUUUCAGACAUCUGGUCAUGUGGCGUGGUGCUAUUCGUACUGCUCGUCGGCAACACGCCGUGGGACGAGCCGACAAAGCGCAGCUUUGAGUUCAAUGAAUAUGUUGAGACCAAUGGCCGUCCUACCGAAGAUCCACUUUGGAAUAAGAUACCCCAGUCCAUCGCCUCCUUGUUACGUGGCAUGCUCAAGCUCAACCCGAAAGAACGCUGGGGUUUAGAGGAGAUCCGAACUCAUCCUUGGUUUACACGCAGCAACCCGUACCUUAGCCCCUUCGGGACCACAGCCAACGGUGUUCGUCUUGCGACGCACAUGAUUGAAAGUCUCCACAUUGAUUUCAACAUGAUUCCAACCGCCUCCCAGUCCUCACAGCCGCGCGACAUCGACCCCAGGGAACUGGACCUGUACCCUGCGCGCUUUGCCAGCACGCAACCGGAGGCGCCUAUGCCCGAGACAAACUUUGACUGGGAGCGGCCACCGCGGCUCGCCAUCCAAGAGGGGUUCAGCGCCAGCCAACCGGUUAGGGCACCGACGGCGGCACCACAGCCCAAGGUGUCGCACGAACUCAUGGACCGGUUGGCCGAAGACCCCAGCCUAAGCCAAUUCACGCCAGCACCGGCGGUACCGCUGUCUCUGACACAGGCUGCGCGCCGCUUCCACGACAUUGUGCCGGCCUACAGCUUGACACGCUUCCUGUCGCCGCUGACGCUAAACCUCCUGCUGCCCCUCUUGGCCGAGGCUCUGCAUCGGCUGGGGGUGCCGGUGCCGCCGAUACCGGAUUCGGCGCUGCAGGGGUUCGACGACGAAGCAUACCUGCGCGUCAAGACUGUGGAUGGCCGCAGCCAGGGUCUCAACGGCACUAUUGCCGUCGAGAAGAUCGACCGCGAUAUCAGCGAGGUGCGGUUCGUGAAGGUCAAGGGCGAUCCGUUGGAGUGGAGACGGCUGUUCAAGAAGGUGGUGGUGCUGUGUAAGGACGGGAUCUUGGUGCCUGGGUAG